UUCUAGAAAAUUUUUAUAAUUUUUUUUUAAUGAAAAAUUAGAGAAUGUAAUUAUUAUUUAUCAAGUUCAUUUAUCAGUAGUGUGAGAGAGAUUGAUAGAUCACUGCAGUAUAUUUUUCUUUCUCAUCAAACUUUUUAAAUUUUAUUUUUUUUAAAAAUGACCAUAACAAUGAUGGUAACAGUGUUUUAUAUCCUAGUGAGUGUAGUUUUAACUUUAAGCCUCUUGUAUUUUUCGAUUUUUUACUUUUUCGGAAAUCGAAAGUUGUACAAUGCAACAUCUCUCAUUCCUGGACCGAAUACUUUUCCAUUAAUCGGAUGUGCUUUUUCUCUUCUUGGUAAUUCUCAAGAUUUAAUGAAAAAAAUGGUUAAAAUUUUCGAUUCAUAUCCCUCACCAAUGCGCUUUGUUCUCGGCUAUCGAGUUUGGAUCGUCGCCAAAGAUCCUGAACACAUAAAAAUUAUUCUUCAUAGUUCGAAAAUACUAGAGAAAGACGAUGUCUAUAAAUUUGCUAAGCCAUGGGUAGGUAAUGGAUUAAUGACUGCAAAUCAUAAACUUUGGCGUGAACAUCGAAAAUUGAUUCAACCAACAUUUCAUAAUAAAAUUCUGAAAACAUUCAUACCAAUUUUCCAUGAGAAAUCGCUUUUAUUAAUAAAAACUAUAUCAGAUCGAGUAGAUGAUCCGGAAUUUGAAUUGCAUCCCUAUUUUUCAUUAGAAAUUUUCUUCAGUCUUUAUGAAAAUACUGUUGGAUUGUCUAUCGAAACGAAAAGAAAAGAGAUUGUAAAAUAUUUAGAAACAAACAAAAGAAUAAUUCAAACAUUCGUUGAACGAUUCAAAUGUGCCUGGUUACAUUCGAAUAAAUUAUUUAACUUGACACAACUUGCAAAAGAUUUCUAUAAAAAUAUCAAGGAGAUUCAAGAUUUUACUGAUAAUGUCAUACAAGAAAGAAAAAGAGUGUUAAAAGUUAAAAAUGAAGAGAGUAGUCCAGAGAGACCAAAAAGUUUUUUGGAUCUAAUGUUAGAAUUGGCAAACAGUGAAAAUAAAUUCACUGAUCAUGAUAUUAGAGAGCAAGUUGACACGAUUGUAAUUGCGGGCCAUGACACAUCGGCUCGUACCCUAAAUUUUAUUUUUCUCAUGUUGGCAUCUCAUCCCACUAUUCAGGACAAGGCCUACGAGGAAAUUUUUUCUAUUUACGGCAGUUCGGAUCCAGAAAAAGAUCCAAUUAAAUAUGAGGAUCUAAAUCGGCUGGAAUAUUUAGAGAGAAUAAUUAAAGAAACAAUGAGACUAUUUCCUGCUGGACCAGUAAUUGCACGAAAGGCUUUAGAAAACUUUACCUUAGAUGAUUACAAGAUACCAAAAGAUUGCGGUGUGAUUAUACCAAUUUUUAAUAUACAUCGGGACGAAAAAAUUUGGCCCGAAUCGUUAAAGUUUGAUCCAGACAGAUUUCUACCUGAAGAAAUGAUUAAACGACAUGCGUGUUCAUUUAUUCCAUUUAGUGCUGGCAUGCGAGACUGUAUAGGACGCACGUACGCUCUGAUGUCCCUAAAGGUGUUUACUGCUAAUUUCCUUCGAAAAUAUAUUGUGAUAAAGGAUAAAAUUUCAAAAAUUGAAGAUAUAAAUCUAACUGUUGACCCACUACUUACAACGACUGAGCCUAUUACUCUAAGAAUCGAAAAGAGAGUAAAAUAGUUUAAAAUUUAAAUUGAAAAACGGAACUUUGUUUCAAUUUGUGUUCUUAAAAUACUUAAAAAUACCAAUAUGGAAAUAAUUAUUUUUUUGAAAAAAAUUAUAAUAACU